GUUUUAGUACGUUAGUGUUCGUCGGUAAAUCAAGCGAAAUGAUCGUAGAGAUUUUAAUAUUCAUCUUAACAUCUAUACUAGUGUAUUUUAUAUACACUCAUAAACGUUUACAUCGCUAUUUUGAAGAAAAAGGCUUGAAAUAUAAUCCAGGUUUGCCAAUAUUUGGCAAUGUAAUACGCAGUACGUUCUUAAGGAAACAUUUUGUUGAAGACAUUGACAAGGUGUAUAGAGAAUUUCCGAACGAAAAAUAUGUUGGCUACAUUGAAGCUACUUCGCCUAUUGUACUCAUAAGAGAUCCAGAGAUUAUAAAACGUAUUACAGUUAAGGAUUUCGAUCACUUUGUUAAUCACAAGGAGUUCUUUCCUUCGGAAAUUGAACCUUUGUUUGGCAGCAGUUUGUUAUUGAUGAAAGGUGACAAAUGGCGGGAUAUGCGAACAACUUUAAGUCCCGCUUUCACUGGGUCCAAGAUGAGACACAUGUUGCCGUUCAUGGUUGAAAUAAGCAAUAACAUUGUCAAUUACUUAAAAGAUCACACCAACAAGGACAUUGAUGUGUGUGAUGUAAUGAGACGCUAUACGAAUGACGUCAUCGCUUCCACUGCAUUUGGUAUCCAAGUGAAUUCAUUACAAGACAAAGAUAAUGAAUUCUACAAGACAGGACAAUCGAUGUUCAAAAUGUCACCGCUACAAAGGUUUAAGUUCUUCUUCGUGAAUCAGUUUCCAGCAUUUUCCAAGUUAUUGAACUUAAAAAUAUUUGAUGAUAAGUAUACGACAUUCUUCGAAAACAUAGUUACCAAUACUAUGGAACAUAGACAUAAAAACAAUAUAGAACGACCAGACAUGAUACAAUUGCUAAUGCAGGCUUAUAACGGAAGUUUAAAAGCUGAGGAUGUUGAUAGCAAUGAUGAUGUUAUAAUAGAAGCAGAUAGACUGAACCAUCAAAGUUCUGAUAAACAAUGGACGCAAAGAGAAUUAGUCAGCCAGGUGUUUCUCUUCUUCCUAGCAGGCUUCGAAGUAUCAGCAAACGCUUUAACAAUGUGUAUACAUGAAUUAGCGAUCAAUCCAAAAAUCCAGGAUAGAUUGUAUGAAGAGAUUAAAUCAUUCAAAGAAAAACACGACCGACUUACAUACGACAAUAUCAAUGAUUUGAAAUUUUUGGAUUGCGUCAUUAACGAGAGUUUACGGAGGUGGGCGCCGGCUUUGAUUCUGGACAGAGUAUGUACGAAAGCUUACGAGCUGCCGCCACCGCAUGAGGGAGGGAAACCUUGUAAAUUAAAUCCGGGUGACGUAGUGUAUAACGUGGUGAACUCCAUUCACCUAGACCCACAGCACUACCCUGAUCCUGAAGUCUUUGAUCCCGACAGAUUUAGUGACGAAAGAAAGCACGAAAUCAAACCUUUCACUUUUAUGCCAUUUGGUAUUGGACCUCGUCUUUGUAUUGGGUCCAGAUUUGCACUAUUGGAGCUUAAAGUGUUGAUGUACGACAUAGUGUUGAACUUCAAUAUAUUAAAAUGUGAGAAGACGUCAGAUCCGAUUACUUUGGACCCUAGUGACUUCAAUCUUAAAGCUGCAGGAGGAACGUGGGUUCAUUUAGAACGUAGAUGUUAAUAAUUGUGGACAGUGAAAAUAUUGAUCUGAUACCCAUUUUUUUUGUCGCCCUUUGAAAAUUUUACUGGUUUCGAUAGAUACCUCUUCUUCAACUUGUUUUACCUUAAUUUAAUUUCCUGCUAUCGUACAUCUCUGCUUGGUCUUCUGUGAAUCCACUUCCACACCAUUUUACCUACAAUCAAGAAAAACGAUUAAUUUUGCCUCAUUGUGCGACUUUUAUGCAAAAUUUAUAAUUUUAAUUUCUUUUUAAAUAAAGAUUUGUAUAG